UGUCUUUGUUAUUAAUCUUUUUAUUUCUGUAGCUGGCAUCUGCUGAAAUUAGUACUCCUGUUUCUGCGAAGAUGUCCAGGAGAAGAACUAAAGGAAACUCUCAGCCAGAAGUCAUUCAUGAAUCUCAGGAUGAGGGGUUGGAAGAUGCUGAAACAAAAUCAGAUCUUGGUGAUCCCUCUGAGGCACAAACAACUAAGAAUAGAGACAGCAAUGUGCAUUCAACAAAAUCAAGUGCUGAGCCACAGGCUGAUGGAGAUGAAGCAGAAUCAAAUUACUCUGCCGUGUCCGAACAUGAGACACCUUUAUUUAUAAGGAUAACAAGGAGAAGACAAAUCACAAUUCGUUAUCAACCAGAUUCACCAGCCAAAAAUAGGCCUAGCAAGGCAGCUCUUCUGAGUGAAUUAAGUAAAUCUCAAGAUGAAGAUGUCUCUGAAGCUGAGUCAUGUUCUUCAACUGUAUCUGGCGUCUGUACAGCUAGUGCUACAAGAACUACGAGAAGCAGGAAAUGCAAAGCUAAACUCCACCCAGAUCCAGUUUGUGAAGCCCAAGCUGAAGAGGUUUCUGAUGCAGAGUCAUGGUGCUCGGGUCUUUGUGUGGAGCCAUCUGUAACUACCAAAAGAAUAACUAGGAGUAUGCUAAUGAAAUCGCAAGCAGAAACCAUUAGACAAACUGAGAAAAAAGUUAGUGAAGUUGUGCUGGAAGAUGAGAAGUUAACUGAGGACAGAAUUAAACCCCAGCCAGUAGUCAUAUCUGACUGUGAACAUGUCACAAAAUCUGAUUCUGAUACAGAGCAAAAUUCCUCUCUUUCACCUAAUAGAUACGUCACUCAGAGUAAUAAACAACCCAGCCCCUGCAAGACCCAAUGCCAGACUGAAUCUGCCAGUGCAAACCCAAGUGAUGACCCAAAACAAGUUUUAAUUGAUUCAACACCCAGUAGUCCUAAAGAAACAGGAAAAAGUUGUACCAUAGCAUCUCCUAAAAAAGAAACAAUAAAGGAGAGACACUUUGAAAUUGUAGAUAACUCAGAGGAAAUGUUAGAAAAGGAGAGAGACAUAACUGGAAAAGAAUCAAAGUUGAAAAGUGUUUCUCUUUUUCUAUCUGACCAUGAGAGCCUUGAUGAAUCCUUUAAGUCCCAAAGGCAGACAACCCCAAGAAAAAGAAAUAUAAUUCCAGAAUACCAAAAAGCAGAUAUCGGGGAGGCUACACAGAGAUCUCUCACCCAUGCAGAUGAAUUAAUGGUGGUAGGCAAGCCAAGUAGCACGACCACCAGCCCGCAAAAGGCCAUACACCUAUCACCAAUUGGUGAUUACAGUGAUGGUGACUGCAAAAUGUCUGAUAUCAAUGUAGACAAUAAUGGAGGUCAAGCAGAACUAGUUACUAAAUCCUCCCCACGUGUAACCAAAAGUUCAUGUAAUAAAAAGGUAUCUGCUGUGUUGCUCCUGAGCAGUGAUGAGAGUGAUGAAACUGAAAACAGUGAUGUGGAAGAAGUGGGUGACGUAGGAGAAAAUCUGUAUUGUGCAGAGACCAGAAAUAAGAAGUCAUCCUUGAACAAAUCUUUAGAAAAUGAUUCAUCGCAUGGAGAACUGUUUGUAAUUGACACAGAACCUGGUUUGGGCGGCAACAAGAAGUAUUACCUAGAACAGGAAGAUAGAAGGAGCGAUGCAGAAAGUAAGGAUGAAGAAAGAAGGAGUGAUGCAGAAAGUAAGGAUGAAGAACGUGAAAGAGAUGAGGAGUCCUCAGAUCUGGAAGAUAAUGAGGAGGAGUUCGUAGAUGAAGAUGAAGAUGCAUAUUUAUUGAAAAAUAAAAAGCCUAAUAUUUUACAUCUAUCAAGCAGCAUAGAUCCUGGUCUAAAUAUCAACAGGCUUGGAGGCUUAUAUAUUAGCUUUGAUGCAGGAAAACAAAAAGCUGGCUCAAGUGCAAUUAAACAGUUAAAGGGGGAAAAGAAAGAAGAGCUCUUGAAGAAGAGUAUAAUAACUCCAGAUUUUGAAAAAAAGGACUGUGUUCCACCAUUCAGGGAGUCAAUCCAUCAGAUAAAGAAACAGCGCAAGGCAGAGCGAGAGAAAACAACAGGUGAUGGCUGGUUUGGUAUGAAAGCUCCAGAAAUGACAAAUGAAUUGAAAAAUGAUCUAAAGGCUCUGAAGAUGAGGGCUUCCGUGGACCCCAAACGUUUUUACAAGAAGAAUGAUAGAGAUGGUCUGCCCAAAUACUUUCAGGUUGGGACUGUGGUUGACACUCCGAUAGACUUUUACCAUGCUCGAAUCCCCAAGAAACAAAGGAAGAGAACCAUUGUUGAAGAGCUGCUUGCAGAUUCUGAGUUUAGGAGAUACAAUAAAAGGAAGUACCAGGAGAUCAUGACUGAAAAGGCAGCUCUUGCAGCAGGCAAGAAGAAUCGGAAGAAGAAGAAAUUUCACAAAUAAGACUAGGAGAAAAUAACAAGAUGAAACUCUUUUUUUUUGUUGUUUUGUUUUUAAUUAUAAAAUUGUUUACAGAACAUAUUGGUGAUUGGUUUAAGAUUGAAGCUGUCGUACUGACUGAGUUAGGA